AUGAAUAUGACAGUUAAACUAAUCAGAAAAUCAAAAAGAUUCAACUUUUGCACUCUUAUUGAUGAGAAAGAAAGUAAUAAAGAAUAAGGAAGACUUUAAUAGUAAUACAAGUAAUCACUUUAACUGAAUUCAAAUUUUGAAAACUAAGUUUAUGAUAACUAUUCAUCCAACAUGAGUAGUUUAGACAAUAAUUGUAUGAUUUUGUGUGUUAUCUAGUAAUUGGUGAUAUAACUGAAAAUUUGGACAGCGUUUAUUCGCAUAAAUUGAUGAAUAAAAAUCAUUAAUAGAUAACCAAAGCCACUAAUGAUUCAAAAAACAAAUUAAUACGCUAUACUGUGAAGAGGGAUAAGGAUACAAAAAGAAAAAAGUAAAAGAAUAGAGGAAAACAAUUCUCAUUAGAAGAAGAUCAAAGAUUGUUGAACUACAUUUUAAAGAAGGGACCUAAGUUUUAUAAGUUUUCAAGAUACUUCCCAGGAAAAACAACUAACAUGUUAAAAAAUAGAUAUUAUAAAUCAUUAAGAUUUAAAUGGGAUCAAGUUCUUGGAAAGUAUAACAUUUAAUUAAUCAUUUCAUAGUUAAUAUUAAUAUCUGAACCCAUAAUCUGAAGAAUUGAUUCCAAUCAUAGGUUAAGAAUCCUCUGCAUUCAUGUUUGAUGAACUAAUUUAACUAAAUUUAUUUCCAGAAGCAGAAGACUUGUUGUCAAAUUUUAUUGGCAAUUUAUCCUAAGCAUUUAGUGAUAUUUAUGCAAGCUUCCCUUUGGAGAAUAAUUGA